AUGGCCGCUGCACGCCGCUAUGCCGGCGCGGAUAGCGAGUACUCCUGCUCGGAUUCGGAUUACGAUGUGUCUGAUUACGACGACUUCGUAGUCCCGGUCCAUAAGAAGGGGCAGGGCCGCCGUGGCGGCGCACCGGCGGCUAACGUGCAGCCGAAAUCACGCUCUGCCGCUGCUGCGCCGAAGCCGCACGUAGCUCAGAAGGGCGCUGCAGGCAGAUCGCAGGAACCAGCGGCAAAGGGUGUCGCCGGGCAACCCGGUGCAAGAACGACAUCGUCGGUUGUGGCCGGUGCCAAGCCCGUGCAAAGUCAGGCCAAACCGGGCAGCGGCAAUGCGCCCGUGCGGUCGAAUAAGGGGGCUUCAGCACAGGGAGAACGUGGGUCGUUCCCCGUGCUGAACGUUGUGGUCUGCGGCCGCGUGGACGUCGGCAAGUCCACCCUUUUGGGGCACUUGCUCACCCUACUGGGGGCGGUGGAAUCGAGGUCGCUGCGCGGCGAGUUCGCGUGGAUCCUGGACCAGGGUGAGGACGAGCGUUCGCGCGGCAUCACCAUAGACCCGACUAAGGCAUCGGCGGUUGUAGAUGUCGUCCCGCCGCCGGAGGCUGACGGUAGCGGUAGCCGUGACGGUACCGUGAGACAAAGUGCACCUGCACCGGGAACCGAUGCCGUUGCUCCAGUACCAGCUCCAUCUACUAAUCGCCGCGUCAAGCUAAACUUCAUUGACACCCCGGGGCAUCAUGAGCUGGUAUCGAGCCUGGUGCGCGGCGCCAUAUUCGCCGAGGCGGCAGUCGUCAUUGUUGACGUCUUGGAUUUCCUCAAGGAGGACACCAACGGGUACUUCGAGCAGCACUUCUUUCUGCUGUGGUCGCUGGGGGUUCGCCACUUCGUUAUUUGCGUCAACAAGGUCGACCGCUGUGCCGAGCGGGAAUCAGUCGAGAAGGCCAUGCGCAUGGCGCGUGAGAGGGUGUCGUCGUACGCACUGUCGACGUUGCUAGUGGUGCCGACGUCUGGAAUGAGCGGACUGAACCUAGUGCACCGCGACUCCGGUUGGGGCGAUGGCCCGUCUGUGGUCGACGCACUACGGGGUAUUGCCCAAAAGACCGCGUUCAGCGACGAGUCGGCUUGCAUCUCGCCGGAGCGUCAGAUUCCAUCAGGAGCGACGUUGUGCCACAUCUUCGACAUGUGGGAGAUGUCGAAGACGAAUGUUGGUUGCGCGUGCUUCCUCGAGACUGCGCUGAACACGCCGUGCAAGCUCGUAGCGCUGCCAAGCCGCAGCGCCGUGACGUGCAGCGAAGUGUCGUGCCUAGUGCCGGCCAGUGAAGGCGCGUUAAGUACAGCUAAAUCUGGGUCUAACGCGGACGAACUGACGGCCCGCUUAGGAUUGAUGAGUCUCAGUGCGACUCCAUCCGCAUCCCGGCGGGACUUCGCUGACAGCAUGACCCUGCGCGGCCAAGAAAUUCAGGCGCUGACCGGUGACCGGCUGCUGGUGGACACGGCGACAUUAGAGCACCUGAAGGCGGGAUCGGGCAAUCUGGCGGAGAUGCCCAUACUGGUUUGCCACGUGCUGGUCCACCGCGGCUCCAGCCACAAGCUGACACUCGGAUUCGGAGUCACGGCAUUCGUCGGCUACUUCCAGAGCAACGGGGGCAUCUCUGGGGUGUGGGAGCGCGUAGGCGCCGGUAAAUGGAAGCGGGUGACGUCGCUGUGGCCUGGGAAGGAGGGCGUGUUGGUGCUGCAGCUAUCUGCUCCGCUGUUCGCGCAACCAGUGCCGCUGUCCGCGGCGGAGGCCUUAGUGCCCCGCAAGGCGCCACAAGCGUCUGGCGGCGAGCCCCGCGGCCCCCCCAGCCAGCACAACGCUCCCCGGUUGUCACUGCUCAGCCGCGUGCUACUAAAGGCCGGCGGGGACGUGGUUGCCGGCGGCACUAUCGUAGACAACCCACCAAAAUAA